AAGAUGGCGAUGGCUGAGGCGGCGGUGGCGGCGCCCUCCUGACAGGAACCCUUCUCCGGGCCGAAGCGGCCGGGCGCCGUGCGGCUCCCAGCGGGCCUCCCGGGCACCCGGCCACCGCGCCGCCCCCUCCACGCCAUGGAGCCCGAGCUGGCGGCCCAGGAGCAGAGCCGGCCGCGGAGGCGAAGCCGCCGGGCCUCGGGACUCAGCGGGGGCGGCGCCGCAGAGCCUUCGGCCGACACCCCCGGACUGGGGCCAGACGGCAGAUAUUCCCUUCAGAGAGGUAGCUCCUUCACAUUUUUAACACCUGGCCCCCAUUGGGACUUCACUUUGAAAAGAAAACGAAGAGCAAAAGAUGAUGAUGUCAUAAGCCUUAGCAGCCUUGAUCUGAAGGAGCCAAGCAAUAAAAGAGUUCGACCUCUAGCUCGGGUCACAUCCUUGGCAAAUUUAAUCUCUCCUGUAAGAAAUGGAGCCGUCAGACGAUUUGGUCAAACCAUACAGUCAUUUACCCUUCGUGGUGACAACAGAUCCCCCGCUUCUGCCCAGAAGUUAUCCAGCAGAUCGACAGUCCCGGCGCCCGCCAAAAGGAGAAGCAGUGCCCUGUGGUCAGAGAUGUUAGACGUCAGCAUGAAGCAGUCUUUAACCUCCAGAGAGAUCAAACGUCAGGAGGCAAUAUAUGAAAUGUCCCGAGGUGAACAGGAUUUAAUUGAGGAUCUCAAGCUUGCAAGAAAGGCCUACCAUGACCCCAUGUUAAAGUUGUCUAUUAUGUCAGAAGAGGAACUCACACAGAUAUUUGGUGAUUUGGACGCUUAUAUACCCCUGCAUGAAGAUUUGUUGGCAAGAAUAGGAGAAGCAACCAAGCCUGGUGGAACAGUAGAGCAGAUUGGUCACAUUCUUGUGAACUGGUUGCCAGGCUUGAAUGCCUACAAAGGCUACUGCAGUAACCAGCUGGCAGCCAAAGCUCUUCUUGAUCAAAAGAAACAGGAUCCAAGAGUCCAAGACUUCCUCCAGCGAUGUCUUGAGUCUCCCUUCAGUCGAAAACUAGAUCUUUGGAGCUUCCUAGAUAUUCCUCGAAGCCGCCUUGUUAAAUACCCUUUACUGUUGAAAGAAAUUCUUAGACACACUCCAAAAGACCACUCUGAUGUUCAGCUUCUGGAGGAAGCUAUAUUGAUAAUACAAGGAGUUCUCUCUGAUAUCAACUUGAAGAAAGGUGAAUCGGAAUGCCAGUAUUACAUUGACAAGCUGGAGUAUCUGGAUGAAAAGCAGAAGGACCCUAGAAUUGAAGCAAGCAAAGUAUUGCUUUGCCAUGGGGAACUGAAAAAUAAAAAUGGACAUAAACUCUACAUUUUCCUGUUUCAAGACAUCUUGGUUUUGACUCGGCCUGUUACACGAAACGAGCGUCACUCCUACCAGGUUUACCGGCAGCCAAUCCCAAUCCAGGAGCUGGUCUUGGAAGACCUGCAGGAUGGAGACGUGAGGAUGGGAGGGUCCUUUCGAGGGGCUUUCAGCAAUUCAGAUAAAGCUAAAAAUAUCUUUCGAGUUCGCUUCCAAGACCCCUCUCCAGGCCAGUCCCACACUCUACAAGCCAAUGAUGUGUUCCACAAGCAGCAGUGGUUCAAUUGUAUCCGAGCUGCCAUGGCCCCUUCCCGGCAGGCCACCAGCCCCUCCGAGCUGCAGGGCUUGCUGGAGCCCCACGAGGAGUACGGAGAGAACUGCCCCCCUGCCAGCAAUGCCAGGGCCCAGAGACGGGCGUCCACGGCAUCCAGCGUGACUCAGGUGGAAGUUGAUGGAGAUGCUUCCGAAAGUGUCACCCCAGUGCACACAGCAGACGACGCUAAGGGCAUGAAAGCGCCCCGAGCCCAGGCUGGCCUCCGAAAAGCCAGGGACAAAGCCCAGGUCGGUGGCAAGCGGAAAGAGACACUGGUGUAAAGGAAGCUCUGUGGUAACCAGGGGAGAGACUUUAUUUAUAACUGUGUACAGUUGUUCUUUCUUGUAAUGUGAGUAUGGGAGCGUUGCAGGGUUACUUAAUACCAGUCUUCACAUUUUCUGUUUUUGGUUGGGUUUUGGUGGUUGUUUUUUAUUUUUUUAUUUUUUUUAAUGGCAGCUAAAGAUAUAUAUACAGAUUACUGUUAAACUGCAGUCUUUUUUUUUUUCCUCAGAUCAUCUAGAACAUGUAAGUCUGGUAUUUUUAAUCAAAUGAAAUACUUAUGAAAUGGGUUUUCUCUUCAUUCUGCAUUCAUCAUGACUUUUUAAUACCAAUUGUGAUAUUUAUAAUAUUGGCCAAAGCUUAAAAUUUUGCAAAUACCAGGAUUUUACCAGUGUUUAUUUGAUAAAUUUUACAUGCAGAAUUUGAAAUUUUAAUAUCAGCAUCUAAGAUCUACUUGGAAUAUAUGUUUGUAAUAUUUCAGAAUUUAUGUUGAAACAUAAGUUUCUUGGAAAAACAAAACUUAAUAGGUUUUCCAUUUUACCAACUGGAAUGCUUUUUAUUAGUUUGUUUUUCACUGCACAUUCCUCAUUUUUCAUUGAUUUAACCUGCCAAUUAUUUAAUUUUUUCAUUGUAAAGUAGUUUUUAGUAUUUGCUUUUAUUUUUUUACUUUGAUGCCUUUUCAAAUUGGCAUGUCUUUAAAGUGUUUUUCUUCCUUGAUUAAAAAUGUGUGUGUGUGUGUGUCUGUGUGUGUGUGUGUGUUUGUGUGUGUAUUUUUAAAUCAUAUUAACUUUACCAAGUGAAAUCAAGCCAUACUGUUUUUGAGCCAGUUAAGAAAAUUGCAAUUUUUAAAGUGUAGUAUUUCAGGGUUAGAACAUACAUGAAAUGACUCAGUAUAUUUUGGACUACUGAAAGAAAACCACCUUAAGGAUUUUCAUGGAAAGUUAAUAUUGUCUGAAAAGCAAGAGGGAAGGCAGUUGGCUGGUAAUAAGUAUUAAAAAAAAAAAAAAAAAGAGGGAAAAAGAGUGUAGUUUUGUCUUAAAGUAAAAAAUGUCUGGUUGUGUCAGACAUUUAUGAAAGAUAGUAAAAGCUAAACUUGAGAGUGUGUAGUAAGUUGUAGAAGGCUUGAGGGAAGUGAACUGUAUUUGCCUUGGUUUACAGUACUUGCAAAUAAUGGGUUUGAAAAGAAAAUGUGUUGAAAAUUUGACCGUAUGAGAUCAGUUUUGGCAGAUGUAUUCAUAAGAGACUGGUGAAUCUUUUACUAUGAAAUGUUUCUGUUCAAAUGAGAUCGUAGUCUUUAAGGCGGGGGGGCUAAAAGCCCUGUGUCAUGGCAGAUUUGUAAUGGUGAUCAGCUCAAGUAAAUGUUGACUAUUAUGUGAACUAUAUUUGGCCAGUGGAAAUGAAAAUUGAAAAAGACUGUAAAUAGUUAAAUCCAAAUGAUUUCUCUGUAUAAAUGAAUUAUACAAUUAAAAAAAAAAAAGUCACACACAUAAUCACCCUUAAAGGUUUCUUGGCUGGUGGAUGUUUCGGGGACGUUUGCCAGAAUGCGUUGGUAUAGCAAAGGAGGUGAUGGCAAGCCUCACAAAGUUUUUUAA